UUUGUAUGUUAAAUUAAGAUUUGUUUAACAGAGUAAGCUUUCCGUCUUGGAGUAUGCUUUCCGUUUAUGCUUAUGUUCUUUUAACUUUCGGACCCAAUUUCUACUAAAUUUCUAUUUUACAAUUACGACAAACAAAAUUUUUUAGUUUUUAAGAAGUGGCUCGUGGGGGCUCUAAUUUAAGCAAUGGGCUCAAAACUUAUUGGCUACCUGGCCACGGGGAUGUCCUGUCCUCAGAGUCGGGGAACCGUGGCCAUCGUGCUCCAGUGCCAGCUGCGCAACUACUGCGAUCCAUCUCUCAUGGAUUGCGAUGCUUAUAAGGCUUGCAAGAAGCAAAAAGCACUUGCAAUGAAGAAAAAGAGGGCGGACAUGAAGAAGGAAGCAGCCAAGCAGGAUGUCGCCCGCCUUAAAAGCGAGCUACACAAGUGCAUCGAGCAGAUGGAGAAGGCGCUGAAGGCGAAAGUGGAGUGCAUGACAGCGGAGGAGCAAAAGGCCAUGGGCGACUUGAUGGACUGCGUGAUGGCAGGCGUCAAGAAAAUUUGCCUAAAGUCAGUGAUGCAGAAGUACUGCCAGGAGCAGGAGCUAAAGCUCCUCUACGAGAGACUGAUCAAAGAGAAGAAAAUGAAGGAAUUGAUGAAGAAGUGUCCUCCCAAGAAGAAGGAGAGCUCAGUGGAGGAGUGCGAGGACCACAAAGCGAAACAGACCGAAAAAGAGACGGAGAAACUGGCAGCUAUUGCACAAGAUUCCGAACAGCUCCAGAAGUGCAUGGAUGACACUGCCAAACUCCUUAAAGCAGAGUUGGAGGAAUGGGAGUGCCAGGAGGAUCAAAAGAAAGAAGGAAACACUGAAAGCGCCAAGAAGAAUAUCAAAAAGGAUAAUUCCAAGGACGAACCAAAAGGGAAAGGUAAAAAUGACUCUAAACAAUCGCCAAAACAGAAAGACGACCCUGCAAAAGUUCCCAUUUUGGUUAAUUGUAAGGAAGUGCCUAAGGACAAAUGCGAAGAUUCUAAACAAAAUGAGGUUUGUGAGAAACCCAAAGAUGCUAUCAAGGAUAAGAAAAUAGAGAACAAAGAAAAACCUAAAGAGGAGGAAUGCCCAAUAGAUGCUAAAGUGGAAACCGAUUUAAAAAAAUUAGAGAAUGAAGCCAACAACGCCAAGAACGACAAAAAAAUGAAAGAGAACACAGAAGAGGAUCAGAUCUGCCCAGUGCCGCCCAAAAAGGAUACUAAAUGUCCAAAAGAUCCUAAAGUUUCAGGGGGAAAGACCAAGUCUCCAUAUGACCAAAAGAUGGAGGAGUGCAUAAAGGAAGAAUGGGAGGACAUAAGUCAGGCCCAAAAGCGAUUAAGUCCCAAGGAGAAGAAGAAAGUGGAUGCCGUCGAGGGUUGUCUUAAGGAGCAAAUAAAAAAAAGGUGCCGCACAAUGGUCAUCAGGAAAAUGUGUGAUGAGUCCUGGGGCGAACCAAAAAAGGAGAAUAAGUGCGAGGAACAGGAAGAAGUCGAAGACAAUCUCACCGACUGCACGGGCACUGAGGACUCUGGAAGAGCAAAUAUCAAGAAGUGCGUAGAGAAGAAAUGGAAAGACAAUUGCCCGCUUAUUCAAGAAUUAACUGAAAAAAAUAAUGUCGAUUUUUGUGAAAUUUCCGCGGAAGUGAAGAAAAUAAUGCUAAAAAUAUGCGAGGAUGAUGAAAAAAAUAAAGAGUGUCAAAUGAAGGAACUGGAAGCUGAUAUCGAAAAGUGUGCGUUUAUAAAAAAAUGUGCAGACGCAAGGCUCAAAAGAAAAUGCGAUGAAGAAGAGAGGAUGAAAAAGUGCGAAGAGGAGGAGAGAAUAAAAAAAUGUAAAGAGGAAGAACGAGAGAGAACAUGCGAAGAGCUUAAGAAAACACAGGACGAUAUAAAGAAAAAAGAAUGUGAGCUGAAGAAACAAUGCGAAAAAAAAGAAAGCGCUGAGGAUGUAAAGAAAAAGUGCGAAGAGGAAGCUCGAAGAAAAAAAUGUGAAGGGCUAAAGAAAAAACGUGAAGAGGAAAUAAAAAAAGAAGAAGAGUUGAAGAAAAAAGAUAAAGAGGAGGAUUCAAAGCCCAAAUGCAAUGAGGAAGAUCCUGUAAAAAAAUGCAAAGAAGAAGCACUUAAAAAGAAAUGCGAAGAGGAAGAGCAAAAGAGAAAAUGCAAAGUUGAAGAGCAACUAAGAAAAUGCGAUGAGGAGGCUUUAAAGAAAAAAUGUGAAGAGGAAGCCAAGAAGAAAAAAUGCGAGGCGCUGAAGAAAAAGCUCGCGGAGCUAAAGAAAGAAGAAAGCAUUCUGAAUCGAAAAAUUGAGGAUAUUGCGAAACAGGAAGAACUAAGAAAGCAACAAGAGGAAGAAGAGCUGCAAAAAAAAUGUGAAGAGGAUAAGGUUUUGAAAGAAUGUGAUAAAUUUGAUCAGAAGAAAAAAAGCGAUUGCCAAGGAGAAGUCGAAAAAAAGAAGACACCACCCAACGGAGGAUCUGCUGAAUAAAAUCAAGGCUGACUUUUCCAAGUAAAGCAGAUAUGAAAAGACUACGACUAGAGGCUGAUACUGCGCCCACUGGCGACACGACACAUAUGGUUUAGAGGACGACGGCGAGACGUCAAGACCGCUUGUCCUCCAGUUGAUGCAACAGAUUCCGCGGGACAAGUUUAAUUUGGUUCCAUAUUUGAAGAACAGCUGUCAAAUGUGAACGACUGCACCAACUGGGCGAUCGCUCUGCGAUCGCCACCGUGGUCUUGACCAACUUAGACGACAUAAAUGAAAUGCUGUCGGUGUCGUCAAAAGCCUAUGGUAUAUAAAAGCUGUGGCGAUGGGUCUUUAAAAGGCCCAUGUGUCCAGGCCAUCAACGUCAUUCCCUGCCUUCGACGAUAGUUUAUCCCGAUAACAAAAUGUUUUUUGACCCCUUAAGCUGUCAUGAAUUUUCUUUCACUUUAUUUAGUUUUAUAAUAAAAUCUUCCCCCACGAAAA